UAGAAAAAUUCUUUUCAACGAAGCCUUAUCUUCUCCCCUUGUGCUCUACCAUUUCCACAUUCACCCACUUUGCGAGUGAGCUCUCAGGUAUUUUGUGGAGCAUGGCUGCUACGUUUACCUCAGUGUGUUCAAUUGCUUCCACAAACCAGACAGUAGAUAAAAAAUUCAUCAAUUCUUCUGAAACAUUGUCUUCAUUCUCUGGGAUAUCUUUGACUUCAUUAGGGGGCAGGAGAAAGAAUAAAGUUUUAAAGAAGAGAAAUGAUUCCAAGAUCCAGGCUAUGGCCAAGAAGUUACACUUCAAUCAGGAUGGUUCUGCCAUCAAGAAGUUGCAAGCAGGAGUUAACAAGCUUGCAGAUCUAGUAGGUGUAACUCUUGGUCCAAAGGGAAGAAAUGUAGUUCUUGAGAGCAAAUAUGGCUCUCCGAAAAUUGUAAAUGAUGGUGUUACUGUGGCCAGAGAGGUUGAACUAGAAGACCCUGUUGAGAAUAUUGGUGCAAGUUUGGUGAGACAAGCUGCAUCAAAGACAAAUGACUUGGCUGGGGAUGGAACAACUACAUCCGUUGUUUUGGCACAGGGGCUCAUAACUGAGGGUGUUAAGGUUGUUGCAGCUGGUGCAAACCCUAUUCAGAUUGCCAGGGGCAUCGAUAGGACCACCAAAGCCCUGGUUUCUGAGCUAAAAAAUAUGUCAAAAGAGGUUGAGGACAGUGAACUAGCAGAUGUAGCUGCGGUUAGUGCAGGAAACAACUAUGAAGUAGGAAAUAUGAUAGCAGAAGCCUUGAGUAAAGUGGGUAGGAAAGGUGUAGUGACUCUUGAGGAAGGGCGGGGUUCUGAGAACAACUUAUUUGUUGUGGAAGGCAUGCAAUGUGACCGUGGCUAUAUCUCUCCAUACUUUGUUACAGACAAUGAGAAGAUGGUAGCUGAAUAUGAAAACUGCAAGCUGCUUCUGGUAGACAAAAAGAUAACAAAUGCAAGGGAUUUAGUCAAUGUUUUGGAAGAAGCAAUCAAAAACGGAUACCCAAUAUUGGUAAUCGCUGAAGACAUAGAGCAGGAAGCUCUAGCCACACUAGUUGUGAACAAAUUAAGAGGAGCAUUGAAAAUUGCUGCUCUCAAAGCUCCUGGUUUUGGAGAUCGAAAAAGCCAAUAUCUUGAUGACAUUGCUAUCCUUACUGGAGGUACUGUCAUUCGAGAGGAGGUUGGUUUAUACCUAGACCAGGCUGGAAGUGAGGUCUUAGGGAAUGCUGCCAAGGUGGUUUUAUCAAAGGAUUCGACGACAAUUGUUGGUGAUGGUAGUACACAGGAUGCAGUGAGCAAAAGAGUUGCGCAAAUUAAAAGACUUCUUGAGGAAGCUGAACAAGACUACGAAAAGGAAAAAUUGAAUGAGAGAAUUGCAAAACUCUCUGGGGGUGUUGCCGUUAUUCAGGUUGGUGCACAAACUGAAACAGAACUCAAAGAAAAGAAAUUGAGAGUAGAGGAUGCACUCAAUGCGACAAAGGCAGCUGUUGACGAAGGCAUUGUAGUUGGCGGUGGAUGCACCUUAUUGCGGCUUGCUGCCAAAGUUGAAGACAUUAAAGGAACUCUUGAUAAUGAUGAACAAAAGAUUGGAGCUGAUAUUGUCAAGAGAGCUUUGCGCUACCCUAUGAAGUUAAUAGCCAAGAAUGCUGGUGUUAAUGGAAGUGUUGUGAUUGAGAAGGUGUUGUCCAAUGACAAUCCAAACUAUGGUUAUAACGCGGCCACCGGAAACUAUGAAGAUUUAAUGGCUGCUGGUAUAAUUGAUCCUACAAAAGUGGUAAGAUGUUGCUUGGAGCAUGCUGCUUCAGUUGCAAGGACCUUUUUGACAUCAGAUGCUGUGGUCACUGAGAUCAAGGUGCCUGAACCUGCAGUUGCUGGGAACCCAAUGGACAAUUCAGGUAUUAACCAUAGAGGCCAACCAUUCCCCCCCUCCUUUCUGAUUCUACCGUAG